CUGCUCUCUUCCAAGAGGUCUCGCUCAGUGGGAAGCCAGCAGAGACUGUAUUUGAGACUGCUACAGCUCGCUGGCUGGGUGCCGGCUUGUACAUCGUGAGAGUUUGACACCCCACCCCACCGCUUCAGGACCUUGGGCUUUGGAGGACCAAUCUGCAGGCGUGAUAGGAGUGGGGAUGGCUUCCACAUUUCCCGCCACGUGAGGGAGCAAAGGGGCUGCGAGUCAGGACGCUGUGCAGCCAUGGCCGUCAAAGACGUGAAAUCUGCUCGACAGGAGCAAGACGGCGAGUUCGUUCACGCGCAUCGUCUGCUGGCCACAGAGCUCUGUCAUGCCUUUUCCAGCGGGAGCUUGGAUGCCGACAGCAAGCUCGCCCUCAGGGCGCUCUUCCCGGGAUGCCGCCUGAUGAGUGUGCAACUGCCGGUGGCUGCGCCCAGCAAGGGCCUGCUGAGCGCCGGCAACAUGGCGUCCGAUGAGCGGCCGUCGCGCGCGAUCACGCCGCUCGGCCAGGCCGCAGCCGGCAUGGCGCUCUGCGAGCGGCGCUGGUUCCACGUAGCCAGAUCUGCGGCGCCCGGGCUGUGCAAGUACCGGGACUUGAGCGAGGCGUUUGGCGAGAAUGAGUGUGAGGCGGUGGUGUUUGUACCCAUUCUGCCCGAGCUGCCCAGCUGGGCAGCGCCCCCCGCUGACUGGGCAAGCUCCAACAACACGCGCCCCCUGACCGUGAUGCCCGCGUUUGGCGUCCUCACCCUAGGCCUGGAAGCUUCCACCGUUGUUGACGCCAGGUUACUCACCAGCAUCUUCCUGCUGGCUCACCUGGUGGCGCAGCAUCUGGUGCAUAGAAGACCAAACGCGCUCUUCAGCAGGCGGGGCCUGUCCCUGUCAGAGUCCAGUCAGCAUGGGCACGCUCAGCAUCCAGUCAGCGACAAUGCCCCGGUUGACACGCACAAAGGCUCAGGAACAAAUCUGCAUCAACUCGGGGGCCGGCGCUCCGAGUCAUGCACAUCACUGCUAGAUAGGAGCCUGGUAGCCACCUGAAGUUGCAAGUUCAGAUUCGCAUGCGACAGCUGUUAUUACCCUAUGUCAGAAGCUCGAUUUUGGAGCGCAGCUCAAGGAGCCAUGUGCACUGGCGUCUUGAAUGGGAUGCCACAGUCAUUUGCGCCACUGGCUGCACAUUGACAUUCGAAUUUGGAUACGAGGCGUGGAUGUCUGCUGCCAGCUGUGCUGCCCCAUGUCUCUCUUGUGGCACAUUCUUGCCUUGGGAAAGCUAGGGCAGUGCAGUCCAAGAGAAAAAAACAUUUAAAGUAUGCUUCUCUUGUCGGGUAUCAUACAGCGGGUUGAAAGCAGACGUGCAACCAGCAAUUAGUCGGGUCUGCCAGAUACAGUUUUUAAGAUGAUGAUGCCUGCUUAC